GGUGCGAGUAAACAAGGCAGGUGCCCCCUUAGCAACAAAGGGGCAACGUGGAGCAUGCCACUGAAAUCAGUGACUGCCCCACUAUGACUCGACUUCUUGAUACGGGAUCCUGUCAACCACAAAAAGGCCUCGACGACUCCAUCGCGAAACAUCCGUGUGGAAGACAAUUGAGGCUCUCCACAUUCAUUGCAUCGGAUGAGCAUCGGUGCGAGAUAAUCGGCCGUCUCUUCCUAGUUAAGGAGGUGAUGAGGAAGCUGGAGACAGCCUUGGGUAAUUAAAAUAGGCUCACCAGAUCAUGUGCUUACGCGUUUGGUUGGCGUUUACGGCACAGUUCUGUGGUCCUGGAGAUAACAUACUGCAACCGGCCAAGCAGGACAGAAUCCCAUGGUAAUUGUAUCCUUGUCAACAACAGUCAACAGCCCACAAGAAUCACAAUUCAACCUGAAGGUACUCGGUAAGCAAUAUUCCAGUGAGUAGAUAUUAAUAUAAUGACCCGAAUUAGUAUUGAACAUUGAACCUCCAGCAAUCCACUCACCUCUGAAAAAAUCGGCCUCAUCUCAUCCCAACAACUCCCCGAGCACCCACCAAUCCCAUGAAGCUUUAACCAUGUCUUCCAAGGCCACAUUAUUUCCUCUCUUUUCCUCGCUCCCAAGUGAACUUCGAUGUAAGAUCUGGAAAGCAGCGGCCUUUCCCCGUGUAGUAUGCCUGGAUCGAAUCCGCCAUAGCCAUAAAUGCUCCAGGGUAUGGUCACAAACGGAUGUCGAUGGUCCGAACUAUAUGGCGUUUUUCGAUAUGGAUAGCCAACCAAUAGAGCAACAAAUCACCCAGGGACCCGAGAAUUAUGACCACUUUGCAUCCCAGAGCGCGCCGCCACUAUUUCUGAUCUGCAAAGAAUCACACCAUGUCGCGAGACAAAUAUACACAAAGGCGUUUGGUAGUAAUUACGUGACUCCCACCACCUGGUUCAGCUACGAUUUGGACACGUUGUUUCUGGACUUGGGGCCCGUUUUUGUGGAUGCUGAAAUCCAAGGUUUCACCUUCCUUUCAAGCGACCUUGAUACAGAUGCCGGAAAAGUACAGAAUCUCGCAAUCUAUGUUGGAGAAUACCCUGACAAUGGAACGCAAUAUAACGUUUCUCUUGACGCGUUGCGUAAAUUUGCCAGCGCGCGAACCGUUUCGCUUGUUGUUGCAAUUUGCCAGGACGCGGAUCGCACUACGCUCGAACUCCUGGAAGGAUGGGAAUGUGAGGAAAGCACAGGAUAUGGGUUAGCAGAAACCAGGAACCGUCCCGACCCAGGGGGUAAUUCAUCAAACAUUGACCUUGCAAACGCUCUCUAACGAGGCUUUUCUAGGACUCCACUGUGCCCACCCAACCUUCAAAAAUCUGUUCAGCCGACCCAAUGUUAGAUCAUGGAACAUGUGGAAGAAUAUGUGGGAGAGUGUGUGGGAUGAGACACCUUACGGCGCUGUCGCGUAUACCAUCGGAGCAGAAAAUGAUGGAAACUGGAGGCGACCUACUCUAGUACGCCUCCCGCUCAUAUCUACACAGCUGAAGGCCGACACACUUCGGCAGAAGCAGGAAUACGAUACCAAAAGGGCUGCCCACAAAGUCCGAGUGGAAAUCAAGUCCGAGAAGGACGACACUCUCGUUGUCGUCGUCCCAUUACUCACUACCCUCCGCGAACUAGCUUCGAUGUUCUUUCAAGCCAGGAACAUUAACGGAGUAGAGAGGGAUUCUGCCGAGAUGUAUACAGAUCACGAGAGCCACUCGACUGUGGGGUUUGAACAAACCGUGGGUAAUUUCGUCGUAUACCCGGAAACAGAAUUCUCAAUUCGCGUUACCGCAAAGGGUGGGACGAAGUAAGGCUGGUUUUCUUUUGAAUACUCACGCUAUGCCAUUCAUAUUAUCACUGUCUAUAUGAUAACAGAAAAACCUUAUCAUUACAAGUUAUUCAUUUUGGAAUACUCCGAUACGUUACGCGCUAGUAAGAAAUCAGCCUCUUGUAUCCUGUAUCUCCUAAAGCGCCCGCGGUUUUUUUAGGCUAGCUUACUAACGUAUACAACUUUCUUAGCUUUGGUUAUGAAUUAUUACUCCGAAAAAUAACGGGGUAUUAGGUAGGUAAUUCCCUAUUCCGAAAACUCCCGGAGGCAGUUGAGGAGAUACUAUAGUAUAAUAUCCCUCGCUAAUAAACGUCUAAAGUUAGUGAUAAACUCCUAUCUUUGUUUUACCCUGGUUCGGGAGUAGAGUAUUGGCUAGCUAGAAGAUCGAACUAGGGAUUUUCUCCUAGUUUCCCAUCACGUAGUACACUGGGGCUGUGGAAAUAUAUAUUACAUCUUUUUUUCUACAAGUCUAAGCCGGUGUUUUCUAAAUUUCUAGUCUGGCGCCAUGCAAAUCUAGGGAUUCAGUAGUAGAGGAGUGAGUAUAAAAACAACCCGUCCCAAGGUUUCGAUCACAUUCCUUCUCUCUUCUUUAUUUUAUCUUCAUUCUUUAUUCAUUCCUUCUU